AUGAUUGGCUUUCGACGGGAUAUAUUGGCAAAGAAUACGGGUACUUGCCAGAAGCUGUACCCUGAGAUGCUCCAAGGAUGCGAAGACGGUAAUUUGAUUGUCGAUGGAGAAGACCGAUACCUUUUCUUGGCCUGUGCAGCCAAUCUACACGAUCGGCACGAGUGGUUCCCGGCCAUGGGACACGCUGACCACCCGGAAAAGUCUAUCAAGGACAAGUUCUUCGCUUGGAACCUCAACACGGACAAGAUCCAGGAGCUAUCGACGCCAAAUUUCAAAGGCGACUACGUCAGCCAUGGCAUUGACGUUGUGUCUACGAAUCCCAAGGAGGUUGCGUUCUAUGCAGUCAACCAUCUCGGCUCUGGCUCUGUGAUUGAGAAGUUUACGCUCAAACUGGGUUCAAAGACUAUGGAGCACAUAAAAACCUUCGAUGACCAGGAGUUCGUCAAUACGCCUAACGAUGUCUAUGUCGCCGAUGUGGCCGAUGAUCUAUUCUAUGUUACCAACGACCACCGAUUCAAGACAGGACUGAUGCGCGAAAUUGAGACCAUGGCUCAACUACCAACGACGCACAUUGCCGUCCACUCAAAUAAAGCUGGCGGCUAUCGUAUUGUCGCAAAAGGUCUCGCGUGCCUAAACGGUAUUGCUGGAGACCGCAAGGGGCGUCUCUUUGCCAACCAAGUCAAUGCAAACGUCAUUGUGUUUGACUAUGAGACGAGCGGAAACCUGACGGGCGUCCAAAUCAUCAAGGUUCCUCAUGUAGUCGACAACCCAACCUACAGCGAGGAGACUGGCGAGUUGUUACUCUCUGGUUUCCCGAAAGCUUUAGUGCUCGCUGAUUUUGCCAAAGACACAACAGGAGAGAAGCGAGCACCCACAUCCAGUUCCCGUAUCAAGCUGAGUGAUAUUGUCAAAGCUGAUGCUCAGACCAAGUCUCCCGUCAAGCAGCCAUUUGUGGAUGAGUGGUUCGUUGAUCCUGGGUUGGGCUUGAUCGACAUGGGUACCACGGUUGUGGUGGAUGCCAAACAUGAUAACUGGUACAUGAUGGGUGUAUUCACGAAGGGUGUCACGCGCUGCACGGGAUACUCGAAGACCCAGGCAUGA